UUUUACUAUAUUUAAAGGCACAUCACAGUAUGUAGCAAUAUAAUGUAGUAGUAGUAAUCUGUCUGUAGGUGCGGCCCUAGUAGCAGUGGAAGAGAGAGAGAGAGAGCAAGAGAGAAACACACAGACCAAAUAGGCACUUAUAUUAAAUUCAGGAGCUGUUCCUCAGUCUGUAUAACUUCCCUCACAUGCUAGUUAUUACUGGGAAUUGAGAGAGGGGCUGGUCCACUCUUUUGCUUGUCACACAGUGCAGUACACAGCAAGAAGGAAAGGCACAGAGUCUUAAAUCGGAGGAGAAGUUUUUCUUUUCUUUUUUUUCUGCUUCAGGCUGUUUGGCCUGUUGGGUAGCGACUGAAAGCUGGCAGCCAUGUCAGCUGUGUGGGACACUGACUAUCUGUGGAGAGAGGUGCAGGGGGCAAAGCUGGCCUCUCUCUUUGACCUGGAUCAGGCUGAGAGUCAGGGAAACGAGUCCUUUCAGUUCACCGCCCCCAAGCAACCCAAAAAAAUCUCCUCCACCACUGGUCCGCUUCCUCAGAAACCAGCCCCUCCCCCAACAGCUCUAGCCGUCCUAUUUGCUACUGGAGUCCACACGUUCCGCUUUGUAAAUGGACAAUACAUGAAGCAGGGCAAGUUGGGGGCUGCCAUCCUGGGAAACCAUGUGAUCAAGGAGUAUACUCUCCUGCUGUAUGGCAGUCAGCAGAAGCACAUCACCACAGCACGAAUAUACCCUGGAUUUGUCCUCACAGUUCAGCCUGGUAACUACACAACAUUCUAUGAUGAUCAGCAUCAGAACUGGUCUCUGAAGUUUGACACAGAAAAGGCUGUAUUAGACUUCUCUAAAGAGGUGUGUUUGGCCAGAUGGAACAGCCAGGCUUGUGUGGACACUCUGAUGGUCCAGGACCUGCUGCAGGGCGAGGGUCAGGCUGUAGAUGUGGGAGACACUGUGGAGGUGGUCUUCACUGGCUGGCUGUUUCAGAAUCACACUAUAGGACAGAUGUUUGAUUCCAACAUAGGCAAAAACAAGCUCCAGCGAGUGAGGCUAGGGUCUGGAAAGGCACCGAAGGGCUGGGAAGAGGGGAUGAUGGGGAUAAAGAAAGGAGGACGGCGUCUCCUCAUUGUCCCUGCCAAUAUAAGUGGGUCAAAAGGCAUUCCAGACAGUGUACCACUCACAGGCACACUAGUGUUUGAUGUGGAGAUUUGUCAGGCUAGUUUUUCCAAAGAUGGAGACUGCCUCAGUGGUGGAUCAGCAGACUCUGCCAGUGGCUGUCCAGUCCCUUCUCUCGACAACACAAGUACUGACCAGUCUGCCAUCUGUGUGUCCUCUGACCAAGGAGAUCAAGGACCGUGGGUAAAGUCUGGACCUCUAAAUGAGCCUCCAAAGCACUCCGAUGCAGCCAAAGCCAAGCUGAUCUCACGCAUGGCUAAGAUGGGCCAGCCUAUGUUGCCUUUCCUCAAAGGGGCCAUCCCAGCUCAGCAGGACCCCUGUGACUCUGAGACAGAGAACAUCAGUCAGUCUGAGACAGCUCGUGACUCGUCCCCUCCAAUCAUCAACCCUUCAUCCUCUCCACAGCCUGUUCAGAUCACUUCCAAACCUCCAUCCUGUGCUGCUGAAAUCUCCUCAAAACCCAUGGCUGUCCAGCACCCUGAGGCAAAUGCUGCAUGCAUUCCCCAGCAGGUGGAUAUCAGCUCAGGUCAAGCUUUCCAGCCUUAUGCUACAUCUCAGCUGCAGUCUUUUGCAUCAGUCUUUCCUCCCCAACACAUGCUAUACCAGGCUGCUGACCUCAGCUCCUUCUUGAUGACCGAGGCACGACAACAUAACACUGAAAUCCGAUUAGCUGUUGGAAGGGUGGCCGACAGAGUGGACCAGUUGGCCUCCAAGGUGGAUGACUUACAGAAGCAAGGAUUCUGUUCUUUUGGUCUAUCUUCCAUAUCACUGGAAACAGCCAUGAUCUUGCAAAGCAUACAGAGAAUCGUUCAGGAAAAUACCUCUCUGAAGAAGGAGGUCUUUGAGAAGGGAUCUAAAGUGGAAGAGCAGAACCGUAAAAUAGGAGAGCUCAAUGAACAGAGGCAAAGGUACAUGGAGCAAAGCAACAUUCUGAUGGAACAGAGGAACAAUGCUAUGCAGAACAGCAACCAGCACAACCAUGCCAGGCUACUACAAGCUGAACAAGAAAAAGUACGUCUGGCUGAAGAGCUGAGUUCCUCCUCCUCUCGUGUGUGUGAGCUACAGGAUGAGGCAGUACGUCACCAGCAGAGGGCUGCAGAGCUGCAGACCAAACUCAAUGCUGCCCUGGAGGAAGGCCGCAGCUGCUGUGCUCUCAUCAACUCCCUGCAGGCUCAAGUGGAAGAGCUGAAGAAUGCGGGAGAUCAGUCUCAGCAGCAGUGGAGAGCAGAAAAACAGAAGUGCAGAAAGAUGGAAUUGACAAUGAAAAUGAUGGAGGAGGAGAUCCACGACCUGAGAGCAGAGAAAGAGGCCCUUGACCAGAUGCUGUUAGACAGGAAAAGGAAGUGGCGGCUGGAGCGGGAGCGGCUUCUGAUGGAGCAGGAGGAGCAGCGCAGGAGCAGCGAAGAGGAGAACCAGCAGCGAAGAGGGCAGCUCAGGAGAGCCAGAGCCUGCACUGAAACACACACCAGACAACAGGCUGAGCUGGAGCUGGAGUGGCAGGAGAGGUGUGCUGCUGCAGUGCAUGAGCAGAGAGUGAAACUGGAAGAAGUCAUUAAUCAGCUGCAGGAACAGUGUGCAACAUUACAGAAGGAAGCAGAGAGUGAGAGACAACAGCUGAAGGGCCAGUUGGCUGUUCAGGUGAAGCGGGUGAUGAAUGGACUGUUCCACUCUCUGAGGACACAGUUCGAUAUGCAGGAGUUUUACACUGGUGACUCUGUUCUAAAGAUUCUCCUUAAGACUAUCAAGCAAGUGACCAUGCGCCUUCUCGAAGGGCCUCAGGAGAUGAAGUCUGAGGCAGAUGAUGAAGAGGAGGAGUAUCUCUCUACAGAAGAGACAGGGAAAGAGGAGAACAUGGAAGAAAGUGGAAAAAAACAUGAGGAAGAGGAUCAUUUUCAGGUAAGCCUGGACCAGACCUAUGUGACUGCAGAUGAAACAGCCCACCUGGAAUCAUCUGAGCUGAGGAGUGAUUCCUCAACAGCGUCAGUUCUAGAUGGGCAGCCAGUGGACGCUCAGAGUGAAGGGCAUGACAAGGACAAUAACACUGGUUGAGGACAAUCAGAACUCACAUCACUCCACCCAUACAAAGGCAAUAGAUGGCUGCUCCGAAGAAGCAGGUGGACAAAGUGUAGAACCAUUUUUACUCAACUUCAGCAUCCCUCACAACUAGUAGAGGCAAUGGACACUUGCUGUUGAAUGACUGACCAAGUUUUCUAAUUUUUAAACCAACACAACUCUAGUAUUAGCAUUAUUAACUGGACUAAGAGUGAUUGCUGCUGAACUAAAUUAUGCUAUAUGCUGAAAUAAUCCCACCAUUUCAAACAAUAUAUCUGCUAUGAAACAGAUCAAUUAUCAUAUUACUUUAACUGUAUUUAUAUC